AUGUCGGGUUUCGAAAAUGGAAUUAAAAUCAAGGCGCACGGUGCAUGCAGCAGGAAGAGUGGUGAUUGCUACAUCUAUCACGAGCUUCUCGGACAUGAUCUUGCGCACCAGGUUCUCCGCACGCAGAUGCCCAAGUGCUUCUCUGCGCCAUGUCUUCCUGAGUUCGACCACUCUCAAAUGUAUGCAGUCAAGAACGUUCUACAGAAGCCCAUUAGCAUUAGUCUGAUCCAGUGGCCUGGUGCUGGAAAGACCGCAACUUCUACUUCGAUCGUCGAUCACCUCGCCAAGAUAAUGUCGGUCAAACUCCCGUCUGUCGAACAUGGCUAUCGACCAGCACCGAGGAGACCGAGCUGGGAUGGCAUGACGGAUCUCGACGACAGGAAAAGCCAGUAUGUGGAAACGCAAUCGGGCAUGACUGCGUUCUAG